CAAGUACAACUUUGCUGAACCUUUGACAGAUUUAUAGGAAUGACGCAGGCGGUAGAGACCAUGAAGCGACAAUGGGGUCACGGGGUUACCUUUAUCCUGAUGGUACACCUGUGGAUACCUGGAGAAGCCUGUCCCUAUGGUUUUUACGGCCCCGGAUGCUUCUUUCCAUGUUCCGGAAACUGCAGAAACAACUCCACCUGUAAUUCUACAUCCGGGUUGUGCGACAAUGGCUGUAAAAUAGACUACGUUGGGCCUUCGUGCGUCGAAAAAAUUGCUAGUUUUUCUGUACCGAAAGCGGCUGCCUUUGCCAUUGCUGCUGUCGCAUUGUGUGUCGCCAUCACCGCGAUCGCAUUACCCCUUGUUCUCUACUACCGGUCCAAAUACAUUGGUCGACACAGACAAAAGACUAGGAGAAACCCAUUAUCAAGAGUGCUGACUUUAAAUAAAAGAGGUUCUAUUUUCAUGCCUUCCGACAUACAGAUCAUGAAAAUGAAAUCUCGGCAAAGUCUCGCCGUCAGCAAUGGCGGGUUUGUUCCGCGAGAUCUCGCCAUCAAUGAACUGGCCAAUCUACUGAGAUACGACAAAGUCGACGGGUAUGAAGAACUCAAUCGAGAAUAUCAGGUGGUUCCGGUGGGAGAGCAGAGCCAUCUACAAUGUUCGGUGUCCAGACAGCGAGAGAACCAGUUUAAGAACAGAGCGGAAAUCACCCUGCCGUACGACCAUUCAAGGGUAAAACUGGAGAGAACAGCGUCCGAUUAUAUUAAUGCCAGCUAUAUAGAGAUGGCUGAAGAUUUUCGUUGCAUUGCGUCCCAAGGGCCAUUGGAAGGUACAGUGGCGGAUCACUGGACAAUGAUUUGGCAGGAGCGGGUCUCUGUUGUAGUCAUGCUGACAAACCUCAUGGAAGACGAUACAGAAAAGUGUUAUCCGUACUGGUAUCCUAAAGGCAAAGUAUUGUUGGCUGAUUCUCUCUCUAUCAAUGUACUCCACGAGAAGGUGUAUGCGUUUUACACGACCAGAAAUAUUAAGAUUGAAGACAGAGAAACAAAGGAGUGCCGACUGCUGUGUCAUUUCCAAUUCACAAGAUGGACGGACCGUGAUAUCCCCUACCCCUCUGAGUUGGUCCAGUUUUACCGGACAGUAAGACGUGCCCACGAUGCUCAGCCUAAGUCCACACUGCUAGUUCACUGCAGUGACGGAGGGGGUAGAACGGGGACCUAUAUUGCCUUGGACAAACUUCACAGAGCGGGGCGGAGGAACGGUAAAGUCAACGUGGCAAAGUGUCUCACGGAGAUGUGUGAGCAGCGGAUGAAUAUAGUGGAGAAUGUGGAACAGUAUAUUUUACUCUACCAUACGCUAUGGGAGUCUUUCCAUCAGCAUGCCAACCUUAUCAGGAAAGAAAAUCUCAGACGGACCUUUACAGAAGAUAUGGCGAAACCCAUCAGACAGAAUAACAUUUGGAAGGAAUUCUGUGAAUUGAUGUCUGUGAAGCCAAUCUAUGAGGACAGCAUUAAAUCCACUGGCCACGCCAAUAUCGGUCUUAACCUUUUACCCAGUGUCUUGCCAGUUGAUGAAUUCCGGGUGGUACUUUCCUCAGACAACCAAUGUGAUUAUUAUAAUGCCGUCAUUUUUUCGACGAUUACUGACUACAGAGGACUAAUCGCCGCCCAGUACCCCGGGGACAGCACGGCGGGGAGUCUGGUACGUCUGUUGAUGGAACAGAGGUCCCCAGUGGUGGUCACCAUUCACCCCCUUAUAGAACUCCACUCGACCCCAUUGUGGUAUCCAGAAGUGACGUCAGAGUUGACGCCCUUUAAAAUCCAGCGGAUCUCGUCCAGCAAUGUGACUGGUGAAAUCCAACAGGCGGCGCUGCUGAUAGAAAAUACACAAAACCACGAAUCACAUCGGGUGCACGUGCUGGAAAUAAUGUCCUGGUCAGCAAAGAAUAUCAUACCUGGGGAUACAGGUAUUGUAGCGACCGUCGUUAAGGAGGCUCGUGACAUCCGGGCACAAGAGGGAAACGGACCAAUCACUGUCAUGUCUUUUGACGGCGCGGCGGGCUGCGGUGUCUUUAUCGCCGCUUAUAACGCAACAGAACAGCUGGCGGUGGACGGGGCGGUGAACUUGUUCAGUGUGGUUCACGACAUUCACAUCAGACGACCGGAAAUGAUCACAACAAUGGACGAGUACGAAUUUUGUUACCGCGUGGUGGCGGGACUAUGAAGUCUGCAAUCGCAACUUCUCGGGCCUUUCCGGCAAGCUCGGAAAAACACCUCGAAUGUAUUAACAUCACCGGAUGUUAGAAUUUUAUACAAAAUGGAGUCGCUUCCCAUUAAAAUAAGUAUCGGCUAGACAGUCUUGUAUGUCGCUUCUGUGUUAUAUUUUAGUGUAUAUCAUUUACUUUAAUGAAGUGUAGCUCACAUCUCAACAGAUCGUAAAAUGUGUUCUAUUUAUUUCAAGUUUUACAAAAAGGGGGGUUGUCAUGGACGCCUAGGUAAUAUU